CCGUUUGACGUUUGAUUUUGAGGUUAUGUGAUUCCAAAACUACCCCGGACUCUAUAGAAAAUACCAAAAUUACAUUGAGAAAACCUCUUUAUCUUCUCCCAUUUUAGUUUUUCAAUAAUGGAGACGAUCCUGGAACAGCAACGGCGGUACCACGAAGAAAAAGAGCGUCUAAUCGACGCCAUGGUGAAAGAAAUGCUUCAGAAAAAGACUACAUACCGUGAGCAAAUUAAUUCGGACCAUCGAAUGAAAUAUUUACUUGAUCGCUACAUGAACGCGACCAAUAAAUUAGUGGAGUUGUAUGAGGAUAAAGAUGGACAAAGGAAGGCGGAGGUCGCUUCCCUUACAGGGCCCAAUGAAUUCAAUGAAUUUUAUGGCAGAUUAAAACAGAUUAAGGAUUUUUAUAGGAGGCAUCCCAAUGAGAUCAGUGUACCAAUGUCUGUGGAAUUUGAUGAGUUAGCCAAAGCAAGAGAAAAUCCCACUGAAGAAUUGUCAAAUUUAGUGGAAUUUACUGAUGAAGAAGGUUAUGGCAGGUUUCUGGAUUUGCACGAAUGCUACGAGAAAUUCAUUAACCUAAAAGGAAUUGAGAAAGUCGACUAUAUUACCUAUCUAAGCAUGUUCGACCAACUGUAUGACAUUCCAAAGGAAAGAAAAACGGGAGAGUACCGAAAAUAUCUUCUGACCCUUAUUGAAUACCUCACAUGGUUCGUGCAAAGAAUAAAACCACUUAUGGACGUGGACGCAGUCCUAAAUGAUGAAUCUUUUAAAGCAAUUUUCGAGUUUGAUGCUGGGACCGCUCCUGGAUGGCCAAAAGAAACUGGUUCAGCUCUGGCAAACGUGGGAGCCCACUUGGACUUGUCUGCCUUCUCGAGUUGGGAGGAAUUGGCCUCUUUGGGCCUGGACAGAUUAAAAUCGGCCCUGAUGGCUUUGGGACUGAAAUGCGGCGGCACUUUGGAGGAAAGGGCCCAAAGGUUGUUUUCCACUAAAGGCCAAAGCGCUUUGGAUCCCUCUUUGAUGACUAAGGCGACUAAAGGCAAGGCCAGUAAGGAGAAAGAGCUGAUGCGACACAAGGAGUUGGCUUGUUUGGAGGCACAAGUUUACAAGUUAUCAGAGUUAGUGAGUGAACAGAGGGCAGCGACCAAAGAAAAUGUUCAACGAAAACAAGCGAGAACGGACGGAGAAAGGGACAACAGUGAAAACGAAGAGUCCGAGGAUGAAAGUGCCGACGAAAACGACGACGAUGUGCCCUACAACCCUAAAAACUUACCUUUAGGAUGGGAUGGAAAGCCGAUUCCUUACUGGUUAUACAAACUGCACGGCCUCAACAUCAGUUACAACUGCGAAAUAUGCGGAAAUUACGUGUAUAAGGGCCCCAAGGCGUUCCAAAGACACUUCGCCGAGUGGCGGCAUGCCCACGGCAUGAGGUGUCUGGGUAUUCCAAACACGGCGCAUUUUGCUAAUGUUACCCAAAUCGAGGACGCCUUAGCAUUGUGGGAAAAAUUAAAAGUCCAAAAGCAGGGCGAAAGGUGGCAACCGGAAACCGAGGAAGAGUAUGAAGAUUCGCAAGGAAACGUGGUGAACAGGAAGACUUAUGAGGAUCUUAAGAGGCAGGGGCUACUUUAAGAGUCUUUUUUUAAGGUUUUUUAUUCUACUUUAAGAAAAUACAAAACUGUGUCUUUAAAACA